UGGAACACGCGCUAGGGGCUAAACCACCGAGAAGAAGCUCGAGACGUCAGUUGAAACAUGGCGCUGAACGGGAGAGCUGUCAACAGUCAACAGAGGGAAGAAGCACUAACAACAACCGCUGCUACUGCCGCACCGUCUAUCUGAAAGUCAGAUACGGAUUACCUGCUUGACUGCUGAAGCUAGCCAGAGCACAUUUAUCUGCGUUUCAUCCUUUUCUGACACUUAACUCGACGUUCAGCUACCGUUACAGACACUGCUUAGCUACCUGUUUAACCACAACAUGAGUCGAUCUGUGUAGCUUACCUUACCGUCGUUUAUCUACUCGGUGGCUUCUACCUAGCUUCUUCUAUUUGGGCUAACCUCAUAGUCGGUGUAUAAUACCAAAACAUGAUUCGUUGAACUGUUGCCGCUUAUUCAAUCAGGUCCUGUCAGCUUAAACUCACCUGAGCAUCAUAUAUGCCAAGUUAGUAUCGGUUUAUACUAGCUGAAUAGCAUCGAGAAAAUGUCAGACAACCAGAGCUGGAACUCCUCGGGUUCCGAGGAAGACGUGGAGCCCAGAGAUGAGUCUGGACAUCUGAUUGGGAUUGUCGAUUUAAGCGGAGUCCUCAGUAAGUGGACAAAUUACAUCCAUGGUUGGCAGGACCGUUGGGUGGUCCUGAAAAACAACACACUGAGCUACUACAAGUCCCAGGAUGAGACUGAGUAUGGCUGUCGGGGUUCCCUCUGCCUUAGCAAAGCUGUGAUUACUCCUCAUGAGUUUGACGAGUGCCGGCUGGACAUCACUGUAAACGACAGUGUGUGGUACCUCAGAGCAGCAGACCCGGAGCACAGACACCAGUGGAUCGACUCCGUUGAGCUGCACAGGAGUAUCAAAGAAGGGAGGAGAGAGAAGGGAGGAAUCCAGGGAACAAUAUUCAUCUCUCCACCGCUGGCUGAUUCUGGGUAUGGCUCUGAGUCCAGUCUGCGGAGACAUGGCUCCAUGCUGUCGCUCACAUCGGCCACCAGCGGCUUCUCCGCCACCUCCACAUCCUCCUUCAAGAAGGGUCACAGCCUGAAGGAGAAGCUGGCGGAGAUGGAGACAUUCAGAGACAUCUUGUGCAGACAGGUGGACACGCUUCAGAAAUACUUUGAUGGCUGUUCAGACGCCGUGUCCAAGGACGAGCUGCAGAGGGAUAAAAUCGUGGAGGAUGAUGAAGAUGACUUCCCCAACACCAGGACAGAUGGAGAGUUUCUGCACAAUAACAACGGCAGCAAAGAAAAGCUGUUCCAGGCCUUGAGUCCUAAGGGCAUAGACUUUAAGGGUGAGGCCAUCACAUUCAAAGCCACCACAGCUGGGAUCCUGGCCACUCUGUCCCACUGCAUCGACCUCAUGGUGAAGAGAGAGGACAGCUGGCAGAAGAGACUGGAUAAGGAGAUGGAGAAGCGCAGAAGAAUAGAGGAGGGCUACAAAUCAGCUCUGAACGAGUUGAAGAUAAAGUCUCACUUUGGAGGUCCAGAUUAUGAGGAGGGUCCUAACAGCCUCAUCAAUGAGGAUGAGUUCUUCGAUGCAGUGGAAGCUGCUCUCGACAGACAGGACAAAAUAGAGGAACAGUCUCACACUGAGAAGACGAGGAUGCAGAGGUCCAGCCCCGUCCCCCCCGGAGACGUCUACUCCACCAUCGGCACACACAGAUUCGCUAACAAGACUCAUAGUCAGUCCACCCCCGCUCUCAUAGUCAGCGUCCCUCACGAGGUCCACAGAUUCAGCGCAGAGGUAACUGUCCAGAGGCCUGUACUACGAAGCUGGUUCAACCUAACCUGGAUA